GUGGGCCAAAGCUCGGACAUCACCCCUUCAUGUUAAGUGUUUAAAAACAUGUGACAUGUCGAGUCGGUUGGCAAGUGGAAUUUUUAAUUUUUGGGUUGAUUUGUUUUAAUGUUCUGUAUAAGUAAUAUACGUUCGUAUAACUAUAUACCCUGAAAAAAAUAGAUUAAAUUUGGUAGUCAAUGCAGAGAUAUAGGUGAGUAUUUUAAUGACAAUCGACGUGUACGUCCACCAAAACUUCGUCAAAAGUUUCAUAUCAAAAAUGUUUAAAGUAGAAGAAACGGUAAUAGAAAAUGUAGUAAAAACCUUUGAUAAAGACAAAGAAAGUACAGAGGAUGAUAUCAGAACCAUUCAGAAGUGGAUAAGUGAACAGCCGCACUUUUUGCAACCUUUAGAACGAAGAAGUAUUACGAACUUUCUAAUUCUUAAUAAAUUUAGUAUCGAGAAAACAAAACAGAAAAUUGACAAUUAUUACACAACCAGGACCAAGUUGGAAGAGAUUUACAAGGAAAUCACUCCUAAAUUUUCAUCAAACGUGCAAGAAUUUAUUCAGAUAGCUUACUUGCUUCCACAUCCGCAAUUACUCGAUUACAACAGAGUAUUUUUCUUUAAGAUUCGCAAUCCAGAUUUAGCGGAACAGUUAGAUAAUUACGUUAUGGCACGUUAUGUUGUGGCUUGUCAAGAAAUAAGAAUGAGAGAAGAUGUCAUGUAUGGAGAUAUAUUCGUUAUUGACUGUAAACAUCUACCUUUAUCCUUCUUUUUAAAGUUAACACCGACGUUUCUAUACAAAUUUUUUUUUAUGAUUUAUCAGCAAAUUUAUUCCAUUCGCUUGAAAGGUAUGUACAUGAUCAACUUUCCUUCAUUUGGAGAAACACUAGUAAAAAUUUUAAAGACGAUCAUGAAGAGAAAAAUUUUUGAAAGAAUACAUUUCCUCUCGGAAGAGAGUCUAAUCAAUGAAAAGUUUCCUGAAGAUUUUUUACCAGUGGAUUUUGGUGGAAAAGGGAUAUCGCUUGAGAAACUACAAGAAAUGGCGGAUCCCGAAUACGAGCAACAUCUUAGUUUCUUCGAUUAUUUGGAAAAAUUCAAGGUUGAUGAAAAUCUCCGACCGGCGAAAUUGGAAAAUGACGAAAUGCUGGGGUUCUACGGCAAUUUCAAAAAGCUGAAUAUUGAUUAGAUGAGAAAAGAAGUUGUUAUGUUUAUUUUUAUGGUAUUAAGGGUUUUACUAUGUGACUAAAUGGCAAUCGACUUUUAACCAUUAUAAUAUAUAUCGAAAGUAUUCUGUUUAAUUAAUAAAUUUUGUUUGAAUUUGUUUGAAAAGUAAAUUCGAUUUAAUUGAUAUAUUUCAUCAAAGCGAACAAUUUGACAUUUUUUGGUCUCAGAACAUUGGGCUACAUCGAAUGAUAUAUAAUUUACUUAUAUUAAGGAAUUUUCCUUAACUUCACAUUUCUGGCGAAGUAUAUAGAAAACUGUUGACAAUGAUCAAAGAAAAAUUUCCUGAAGCAAAAUUGGAGAAUGAUGAAAUGUUAGGGUUCUAUGGUAAUUUCAAAAAAUUGAAUGUCGAUUACUUGUGACAUUGGGUUUUUAUAUUUAUUUUGCUAACGAAAAUGUACAUUUUUAUCAGCGAUAAGCUUUUACAAUAUGUAUAUUUGUAAAUUUUCACGGUGUUGGGUGU